UCCCGCGCUCGGUCAAACCAAAUCUUCUGUAUGCUGUGUCUCUAACUCUCUUGCUUUAUGAAUCCAAAUGAACACUCUCCUCAAUCAAAACUUCCAUACAAAAAUCCCACUUUUGGCUUCAAAACUCAUAUCUUCUCUUGCAGUUUUUGAAAAAUCACCGACUUUUCUUGCCAAACAUGAACAAAAUCUUACUACUCCUUUUGACCCAUUUCAGUUCUUCAAUGAGAAUAGGAAUUCCACACAAUGCACCAUCAGAAAUACAAAAGUUAUACAUACCCAUUUGCUCAAAUCUGCUGCUUUACAAUCUAAUAUCUUUGCUGCAAAUUCUUUACUCCAUUGGUAUUGUAAAUCCGCUGCCAUGGUUGAUGCACUCAAACUGUUUGAUACAUUGCCUCAACCAAAUGUUUUUUCUUGGAAUAUCGUUAUUUUGGGUUACAAUCAGAAUGAUUUAUUUGAGGAUUCAUGGAGGAUUUUCUGUAGGAUGCAUUCGUUGGGUUUCGAGCUCAAUGAGAUAACCUGUGGGAUUGUUCUUUCUGCUUGUACUGCUUUGCAGGCUCCCAUGCUUGGUACGCACGUUUAUUCGCUUUCCAUGAAAAAUGGAUUCUUUUCGAAUGGUUAUAUUCGGGCAGGAAUGAUAGAUUUGUUUGCAAAACAUUGUAACUUCAAGGAUGCCUUAAGGGUGUUUCAUGAUGUUUCAUGUGAGAAUGUGGUCUGUUGGAAUGCUAUUAUCUCUGGGGCUGUUAGAAAUGGAGAGAACUCAGUUGCCUUGGGUCUUUUUCGCCAAAUGUGUUGUGGGCCAUUUCAGCCAAAUAGUUUUACAUUUUCAAGCAUUUUAACUGCCUGUGCAGCACUUGAAGAACUUGAUAUUGGAAAAGGAGUUCAAGGGUGGGUGAUUAAAUGUGGUGCUGGAGAUGUCUUUGUGGGAACUGCUAUUGUUGACUUGUAUGCCAAGUGUGGAGAAAUGGAAGAAGCUGUUAAGGAAUUCUCUCAGAUGCCAUCACGCAAUGUUGUUUCUUGGACUACAGUUAUCUCUGGUUUUGUGCAGAAGGAUGAUUCUACUUCUGCCCUCAAGUUUUUCAAAUAUAUGAGAGAGCUGGAAGUGGAAAUAAAUAAGUACACUGUUACUAGUGUACUAACUGCAUGUGCUAAACGAGCCAUGAUUGAAGAGGCAAUCCAAAUCCAUUCCUGGAUAUUAAAAACCGGGUACUAUUUGGAUGCAGCAGUGGGGGCUGCUUUGAUUAAUAUGUAUUCAAAAAUAGGAGCUCUUUAUCUAUCUGAGUUGGUCUUUAAAGAGGUGGGAAAUAUAAAGAAUCUGGGUACAUGUGCUGCAAUGAUAUCUGCUUUCACUCAGAAUCAAAACUUUAGGGGAGCAAUUGAAAUGUUCCAGAGGAUGUUACAAGAAAGUGUGAGACCAGAUAAGUUUUGUACUUCUAGUCUCUUGAGCAUUAUAGGUUGUUUAUAUUUAGGAAGACAGAUCCACUGUUACACUCUUAAAACUAGUUUAGUAUCUGAUGUUUCUGUGGGUUGUUCGCUUUUCACUAUGUACUCAAAGUGUGGUAGUUUGGAGCAAUCAUACAAAGUUUUUGAGCAAAUCCUUGAGAAAGACAAUGUUUCAUGGGCUUCAAUGAUUGCCGGUUUUGCAGAACAUGGCUGUUCAGAUCAAGCUAUUCAGUUAUUUAGAGAAAUGUUGCUUGAAGAAAUAAUACCUGAUCAGAUGACCUUAACUGCAACUCUAACUGCAUGUUCUGCUCUUUGUUCUAUACGAAAGGGUAAAGAACUUCAUGGUUAUGCUCUCCGUUUUGGAGUUGGCAAAGAUAUAGUUGUCGGUGGUGCACUUGUGGGUAUGUACUCAAAAUGCGGCUCCCUAGAAUUGGCAAGUAGAGUGUUUGAUAUGCUUCCUGAAAAAGAUCAGGUUGUGUGGUCAUCUUUGGUUUCAGGGUAUGCCCAAAAUGGGUACAUUGAAAAGGCCCUUAUGCUGUUCUGUGAUAUGCUGAUGGCUGAUUUCACCAUUGACUGUUUCACAGUUUCAUCAGUGCUGGGGGCGGUUGCACUUUUGAAUAGAUCAGGCAUUGGGACUCAACUGCAUGCCUAUAUUACAAAGUUGGGCUUAGAUUCAGAUGUUUCUGUUGGCAGUUCACUGAUGACUAUGUACUCAAAAUCUGGAAGCUUAGGAGAUUGUCGCAAAGCAUUUGAUCACAUAGAGAAUCCUGAUUUGAUAGGUUGGACAACCAUGAUUGUCAGCUAUGCUCAACAUGGGAAGGGUGCUGAGGCUUUGAGUGUCUAUGAGCUUAUGAGGAAAGAAGGAAUUAAACCAGAUUCAGUGACUUUUGUUGGGGUUUUGUCUGCUUGUAGCCAUAAUGGAUUGGUUGAAGAAGCCUAUAUCCAUCUUAAUUCAAUGGCCAAAGACUAUGGAAUUGAGCCUGGUUAUCGUCAUUAUGCCUGUAUGGUUGAUCUUCUUGGUCGGUCAGGGAGACUGAAAGAAGCUGAACAGUUCAUUAACAAUAUGCCUGUCAAACCUGAUGCUUUGGUUUGGGGAACCCUGCUGGCUGCUUGCAAAGUACAUGGAGAUAUUGAGCUUGGAAAGCUAGCAGCCAAAAAGGUUAUGGAGUUGGAGCCAUGUGAUGCUGGAGUUUAUGUUUCCUUGUCAAACAUUUGUGCAGAUAUGGGCCAAUGGGAAGAUGUCCUGAAGAUUAGAAGUCUGAUGAAGGGAACUGGAGUGACAAAGGAACCUGGUUGGAGCUUUGUGUGACACAGUUGCAAUAUGAAUGAAUAACUAGUCUACAUUUCACCAAGAGUGGUAUUGAAGUUUCAGAGUAAAUCAGGCAGAUCUGGUGGUGACCUGUUCAAAAAUUCAAGAGUUUGGACACUUCAUAUAAAUACAGGGUGAUAAAACCUACAUUCUUUUAGUCCAGUAAAGAGGGCAACACAGAUAACUCAGGCUAAUGGAAACUUUUCAGACUCUGAACAUAUUCUGAAUGUGGAUAUCUAUCAUGUUCCAUUGAUGAAACAAUGCAAAGAUCGAAAGGUGACAUGCUAUUCAAGGAUAUUUGCCAGGGUUUAGUAUGCUCUUUCCAGCCUGUAGUUGCUCUUAGCUUCGGAUAUAAGAAAAAAUGAGCUGAAGGCCGAGUGGACACUGACCGCACAGUUGAGUAUGUGUAGAAUGACAUGGGUGUAAUCUGUGAUUGCAUAUCAUAUACAGAAGGGAGCAGACCCUUUUUUUGGGUGAUAAGUUUUCUAUUAUUGUGGCUAAAUUACAAUUACAACGGGCCUUUGCCUGAAAGAAAAAUAGCACCAAAUGUUUGGAUAUUGGUUGUUCAUUUUUCAUUGUAAUUUGUACAGACAUUAUACAUGCAGUAUUUUGCCAGUUUGUUAUGAAGGGUGUGCCUCCAGAGGCUUCAG